AUGAGGUUCGAUCAACGGACGAUUGUAGUGUUGCUGGUGUCAACGGCGUACGCGAGCUGGCCUACUACUGGCGGUGGUGGUACGUGCGGAGUCGAGGCGUCGGCACCAUUCAAUCCCGGUACUUACUACGGCAAUGCGUACGCCCAGGGAAACGAACGAAACGUCAACCGCAAUGGCAACAACGCGUGGCCAGCUCAAACGUCUCCGCAAGAAUCCGCGUACGACAGUUACGGGCAAUCGUCCACCGCGGAGCCUGUAAGCGACUUGCCACCGCUACCGGAAGGCUGGAGUGAACACUUGGACCCUGCCUCGGGACAACUAUACUACUACAACGCCAACGAUGGAACAACCACUUGGGACCGCCCCUUGCGUUUGGAAGACGAGGCCAAAGCGGAAGAGGUUCAACCCCCAGAGACCAAUACGAGACAAAAUCUGAGUGGAGCGGACGAGUCACGAGACAACGACAACAGGGCGACACGGAUGGCAGAAUCGGACGUGAAGGAAACACACGCCGACAAAAUGCUGGACGCAGAGUCUCCGCAGGAAUCAGAUCAUGAACAUAAGCAGCACUCAUCGGAAGACGCCUGGCGGAACUCUGCAUCAUGGGAUUCGCCAGGGGAACAUGAUCCUGAAUCUUCACCAAAGGAAGCCCCAGCAGAACCAGAACGCGGCGCAAUACCGGAACUUGACCAACAUGGUUGGGAAAAUCAGAACAUGGCUACUGCAGAUAAUUCAGCGACCGAGGAUUUCCAGCAAGAAGGACCAGGACGGGAUACUGGUCAUUUUCCUGCUCAGCGACAGCCGGUGGUUGACAAUGAGCAGCGUUUGGAGGGCUUUUCUGAAAGUCAGUUGAAUGUAGAUCGGCCCGACCAAGGACCUCCCACGAGUCAUACGGGUAGCUGGGGAGCACCGCGCUCUGUCGAGCAACCUCGCAGAGAGCAAGACGUUCAUGAACGGCCGUACGAACCAAGGUCCGAUCACGUGUCGGCGGACACAUUUGGACGCCAUGUACCGGAUGCCAACCGCCCGCAGCCAGAAAAGCAAUUACUACCGGUACAGCAUCAAGACCAGUAUGGCGUCAAUCCUCGGAGUUCCGUAUUCGGACUUGUGCCGGAACCCCAUAAUCCACAGCAAUAUCAACGCACUUCGCCCCAGCAAUCCAUUCAUCGUGAUCCAGAGCAGAGUGUUCCUAUCCAAGAAAGGGAACAAUAUCAGGAACGGCCAGGGACUGCGAUGCCACCGCGGCAGCAAAUCAUGCAGCAACAUCCGUACGGACAGCAGCGUCCAACUCAUCCACAACAAUUGCAGCAACAGGGACCGCCUUCACAGUCACGGGUACUACCUCCUCAGUACCAACAGCAGCAACCCCAUCCACAACAACAGCAGCAGCAGUCUCAUCACGGUCAGUAUGGUGGUCCCUACGGACAACCUUACGGAGGUCCUUACGGUCAAUACGGGCAGCCAUCUCACGGUGUCAAUACUCCUCGAGGGUACGGAACGCAACAACAAUCUCAGCAGCCACAACGACAGUUGAUUUCAGAGGACACGACACGUCCUGUCAAGGAAGCUUUGGGCCGGACUUGGCAGAACAUUCUAGGCUUGAGUAACCGUACGAAGGAAGCCGUCGAUCAUGCACGGGAAUCGGUGGUCACGGGAGCCAAGGGAGCCAGUCAGUCCCUAAGUACCACUAGUGCGAGUUGGUGGGGACAAGCAAAGAAUACGUUCGGAUCCGUGUUUGAAAACGAAAAUGGACAGCCAUCGCAAUAUUCUCUCUCUGGACAAUAUGGUGGACAAAGAGAGCAAGUUAUUCGUGGUCCGCCACCCGGUUAUCCGCCACAACAGGGUGGCCAUCCUGCUCACGGGCAGCCGCAGUAUCCUCCGCCUAUGCACCACCAAGGUGGAGGGUAUCCGACGUAUCCUGGACAGCAGUACCCUCCAGGCUACGGGCCACCGCAGCCUCGGUCGGAUCCUUCGUAUCCGCACGAUCCUCAAUAUCGUCCACCCGCGCAGAGCCAGCAGCCUCCACUCCAGGCACAAUGGGGCCAGCAACAACAUUAUCCUCCUCAAUACCAGCAAGGUGGGCCAGGCGGACCAAGAGGGGGGCCGGGUUCUCCACAACAACGGCAGCCGCAGCAAAACGAACAACGACCACCGCCACGGCCGCAAGGUGGACCUAGCCCGGAUACAGACGAUCCAUGGCAGCACCCUGGACUCGGAACAGACGGCUAUUAG